GAAGUUCCGUAGGCAGUAGCAUCAUCCUAUUGCUAUCGUAAUGGACGUCGCCUCAGUUUUUAGGUUUCGCGAAAUUUGUUUAUAUCUACGAUAAAACGCGUUAAAAACUUUUGUAAUCACUUUUAAACGUGAUCCCUUGGCCCUAGAAUGUAGUUGGUGCAUUUAAUUUAACGGGGAAUUGUGUGUUUCGCGUUAUUUCCUCUAUCUUUUAACAUGUACCACUUGUAGUCUUCACAAUUGAUUUAUUUCUAUCUCUACUUACAAUUUUCGUGAUCAUUAUUGUUUGAAAUCGUAAUCCUAUUGUUGUUUUAAGUUUAUCAUUAGCUUGCAAUCAUAUAUUAAGUGUUUUAUUAGUGUUUUGACGUCGUUAAAGUGGUUAUAUUAGAGUUUUAAGUCGUAGCUACCUGUAAGGAUCGUACUACACAUACAUCACGUCGACCAGCAAUGGCCCUGUGCUCGAGCCAGCUGGACUCCGCCAUGCCUCAGAUCAAGCGAGACGACUCGUCCGAGCCCGAGGGUGAGAUGUCCGCCACCGCCUCACCCGAAGGCAGCUCAAGUCAGGACAACAAGCCUAACUUGCAGCCGAACCCGCUGUAUGGACUUAAUCCAGGAGCCCUACCCCUCAGCGUGGACUACCGCUCCCCGGUCUCGCACUUCAUACCGCCAGCCGUGGAGAUGUACAACGCUAACAAGCCCGAGAUCAUCUCUACUGACGCCAGUGAGUCACCCUCGACGCCUGCGAAGCGCAAGCGCGGGCGCCCCCGCGUUGACAAGACCAGCCCCGAGUACCUGGCUAAGAGUGCUGCCAGGAAACAGGCUAAGGAGAUGGCGGCCGUGCUCAAUAACAGCGGCAACAGCGAGGGAGGGGAGAAGCGCAAGCGCGGGCGCCCCCGAGUCGACAAGACCAGCCCCGAGUACCUGGCCAGGAAGCGCGCCAGGGAGCUGGAAGCGUUGGAGAAAAAGGCGAAGAGACAAUACAAGCGCCGAGGCACUGGGGCCAAAAUGCUAUCGUCAAAAACGGCCAUUCUCCAAACUCGAGUGUUGAGACGCUCCUCGACAGCCACGCCUAGAUCUACGAAAACUAAACUCGUAAGGAAAGUCACUACAAACAACGGUGGAAUAAGAAAAGUGGUCGACAAAAAGGUCGUAAUGAGACGAAACGGAAAGUUUGUCAAAAGAAAAGUGACUAAGAAAGAUUCGGCCGCCUCAUCGUCCACUGGAGAUACGACCCCUCGCGUGAAGCGCAAGUACACGAAGCGGGCGCUAAGUGCCGGCGGCAACGGGCCCGGCCGCCCCCGGAAGGAUCCUAAUGCGCCGAGCAGCGAGCGAGUGAAGGGCAAGCGUGGGAGGCCCCGCAAGACGGACCUCAUGGCGGGGGGCAUGAUGGCGUCCAAUAGUUCUACGCAGGGCAAAAUCCGCGUCCGCAGCAACCUGAUGCCGAUGAACUCGGAGCCGAUCAGCCUCGACAGCGACGAUGAACCGGAUUUGGGUUCGCCGAGCCAAGCGUCCGACUCGCUCUCUCUAGACGAGAACCUGCGCGCGCUGCGCCAUCUGCACGAGAAGUACGCCAACUUGGACAAGGACGACGCCUACAACGCUCAGCUUUUAGCUGCUAACUGUAAGAAGAAUGAGCGGGGGAGCGAAGAUCGUUCCGUGAUCGAGUUAGACACGCGGGUUGAGAAACUUGAGGACAGCUCCAACUCUGACUCGGAUAGCUCCAGCUCAGCUUCAGGCUCCGGAUCCUCUUCCUCCUCCUCAUCAGGCUCCAGCAGCUCCAGCUCAGGGUCUGAAUCCGACAGUGAUGACGAGCGCAACGGCGCGCCGCCGCCCAUCAUCAACGAUAUUGCUGAAAGAUCGCUAGGCGCCUGGUCGCACGCCUCGCAACCCACCUCCGACUCAGACUCGGACCCGGAGCGAGCGGCGGCCGUGUCGCCCGCGCCGGGGGCCGUGUCGCCCGCGCGCUCGCUCUCCGAGUCGGAGAACGAGUCGCCGGACAAGAGCUUCCAGUGCCACGUCUGCCGCAAGUGGUACUCCACCAGCGUCACGCUCAAGAUCCACCGGCGCAGCCACCAGCGCACCUCCGCCUCGUCUUCGCGCUCCCGCAACCGUUCCUCGUCGCGCUACGACUGCGACUGCUGCGCCAUGACGUUCACGCGGCGGGAGAAACUAUAUGAGCACAAGGCGGAAGCUCACCGCGGCCAGAUGACAGUCCGGUGUGAAGUGUGCCGCAAAUGCUUCGAGGAUGAAGCGGAACUAGCCGCGCACGACCGCGAGCACACGGCUGACGAGCGCGCCGGUCGUUGCUCCACCUGUGGGGCACAAUUCCCGUCACACUCGGCGCUGGCGAAGCACCGGCUCACGCACGGCUCGCCGGCGACUCACUCGUGCCCGCAGUGCGCGAAGGGGUUCUCGCACGCGCACUCGCUCACGCGCCACCUGCAGAACCACGCGCGGCAGCUGUACAAGUGUGUUGUUUGUAAGGCGUCUUUCGCCCGCGCGGACCAGCUGGCGCAGCAUCUCAACAGCCAUCUGGCGAACUACAAGCGUCUAAAACCCUAAGCCUGUUGCGAGCCGUAUCGACAUAAUCACGCGUGAAGCGGCUGCGAGCCGUGUCGACGUGCGUUGCCCCUCCGUGGUCUGUCUUUGACACACUUUUUUAUAUAUAAUAAUUUAAAAGUAAACAUUCAGUCUUUCUUGUCUGUGGAAUAUUGGGUUGUAUGUAAAGAGAAGAUAUAAAAUAGUUGAGUUAUAGUGAAUUCUUAGAAGUUUUAAGAAAACUUUGAAGUUUGUUGGCAUUUGAAAAGUUGAUAUUGUAUGAAAAAAUUAUAACACCAAUAUUUUUCAGUAGAGGAUUAAAAACGACCAUAGCCUACACAAUACGAAAAAUAUAGCUUCUUCUUGUCAUUGAAUUUGAUGGUAGUUCCUAAAAUCUGAUGUUCGUAAGUUUUAUAUUUUCAGUGUAUACGCCCAAGAUACUCCAAUGCUUAUAAGUAGAUAGAUAAAUGUAUGUAGAAAGACUGACUGUUAAUAAAUAGAAACCAGACCAAAUACAUAACGUUCCACUGCAAAUUGUGUUCUGAAAGACAGACUAUAAGGUUCAAAGUCGUAUGUCCCUAGGUUUUAUAGCUAAAGUUAGAGAGCCAUGUAGAAGAAAUAGUAUGAGAUGUUUUUGAAACAGAGACAAUUUGGUUUUAACCGUCUGACCCGAAAUGAGGGUGGUUAUACGUUCAGUACUGGGACAAUAUUGUCUAAUUGUUUCAUCGUAGCUACAGACGCAAUGGAUAAAGCUAGAUAAAUACUGUUUUUCUAUUGUAGGUAUUAAUGUUCUUAGAAAACGGUAUGCCGUACAAUAGUUAUGAUAUUAAUGUUGGAAAUUUUGCAGCCUUUUCUAGUAACUCUCAUUGUGAGUAACUAGUGCAAUUACUAUUUAUUUCUGAGCUAAGUUUCGUCUUUAUGUCGGCUUAAAAAGUCCUCCUGUAAAAAGGGGGAUGUCUAAAUUGCCUCCAAUAGAAGUCACAUAAAGUUAAAAAAAAUGUGAUUACUAUUCUGAGGACAGUGAUGUUGCUUUGGAAACUAUAACGUUAUGUAUACCUAUAGUAUUGUAUACAUAUUUGCGUUUAUGCGGUGUUCAGACUAGCAAUGAAUAUGCCAUGAAUUUGGCAACUUUUAUGGCCCGACUAAACCCAGCCUUAAAAUAGAGUAAUGCCAGCUUAUGACGUAUGAAACUGCCAUUAAAAUACCAUUUUUAUACAUUGGAAUAAUACUUAUAGCUAGAUGACUACUUAAAUUGCUGCAUAAUCCAGGGUUUUUAUAGAGAAUCGGGUUCCCUGUAUCUAUCUGUACCGGUAACCUGAUUAUGCGAAAGCGCUCAUGACAUAAAAAAAUCCGGGAAAUGCUCCGUGAGUGAGCGCUUUCGCAUAAUCAGGUUACCGGUACAGGUAGGUACAGGGAACCCGAUUCUCUAUUUAAGCACCCUAAGACUAGAUAAACAAAUUAUGUAUUUGAUGUAAUUAUGAGCGUAUUGGGAGAUUGUGUUAGAAUAGCAUUUAGCAACUUUACGUCUGCCUACCCCUCUAGGGAUUAGGGAAAAGAAGUGAAUGAAUGGGUAGGUUAUUAUUAUAAGGGCCUGUUUCACAACGUGUGGAUAAUGGGUACUUGUGGGAUAAAAGACAUGCUGGCACUCUCUGUAAUUAUGUUUUAGGCAGUGACAGCAUCUAGAUAGAUAGAUAGAUAGAUACAUCGUAUAUUUAUCUUUUAUCUUACAAGUAGCCAUUAUCCAGACAUUGUGAAACAUGCCCUAAUUAGGGACAACUUAACUAGACCAAUGCACAGAUGACACUUGUCAAAAGCAAGCAACAAUAUGUCAAAUCCGCGCGACGCUAUUAGUGCGUGUUAUGCCGUUUUGCCGCUAUUGGUCCAUUUCGGAAUUAUGCGCUCUGAUUCCUGUCUUAUGAUUGGUGCAUAAAUCCAAAAUGGCCGCCAAUUUGGAAGAGUUACGUGGUUACUUGUGUUAUGAAGUGUAGAUAGGUACGAACACCAAUGGGAUAGAAUCGAAGAUAAAUUAUGUAAGCGAUGAAUUUUUAUGUAUAGUUAAUCAAUAGUGCAGAUCUUUUAAGAAAAUUAUAGAAAGAGUUAAAUAAAAUAAGACUUUAUAUCACAAAAACAUGAUGGGUUCUGAAUACUGAUUGAUUUGUGAGCUUUAUGUAUAAAUUUACUAAUUAUAAGUA